AUGGCAAAAGAGGAAGAGAAGAAGGAUGGUCUCUUGUUUAACUCUCUCACCUACUUUUUGGUGGGACUGAGUGUUCCUCUGAUCUACUCCUUUGCGGACAAUGACCACUUUAUGUUCUACAAGGUCUUUAGAGAGGCCGGAAUCCAUGUAGACUUUCCACACUAUUACCUUCGUCAACUGAUUGCGUUUUGGGGAUUCAUAGCCUCGUUCACAUUUAUGUUUUUCGGAGUGUUUAACAAGAAGAUAUGCACAUUUGUUGGUUGGCUGGUGCCUCUCUCGUACCUCUACAUCACUUCCAAGGUUACAGAGUAUGGAAGUGUCAAGUUUGGGACUAGUAUGCUUCGUGCCAUUGCAGUGACCUCCAUAGUCUCCCACACCUUUCAGACCUGCUUUGUAUUCCAAAUCUUUGAGGAUAAUGAGGGCUUGUGCCAGAGAAUACUGAGCUUUGUUGGAGGCUACUUUUUGGGAUACCCAGUGGUGACUAGACUCCUCCUCAGAAGAGUCUUGGUGGAUGGAAUGAUGGAUAGUGCUUCUAUAGGAGACGACCUCUUCCACUUUUGCACAACGCUCUUCUUCAUAACGUUUACCAUGGCUGCAUGUCUGAACUACCUCUUUUACGGCAUGGCUCGAGGUGCGGAUACUCAUUAUUGGCUACCAGCCUUUUCUCCAUCAAUGGGAGACAAGGUAAAUUUUGGUUCUUGCAUUUACCCUUGGAUUCUCAACCCGGUUUGUAUAAGCAUACUGCCUCAGACCUUGAUGGAACAGUCAGAGUACCACAACCACGUCUUUAUUCAGAGGGUCUCUUUUGCAAUAGUCCUCCUGGCUAUACCCUCAGUAAUGGGCUCAAUGGAUGUAUCAAUGCGCUGUAUACUGACUCUGUGGAAGAAGAGAACUCUGAGGUAUCUGGAGGGACUAAAGGCUGCCAUCAUGGUCUCUGAGGAACUUAAUGAGAUGGUUAAGGAGGAUGGAAGGGAGGAGUCUCCACUCUCUAUAGUCUACAACAGUUCAGACAUUAAAGUGCCCUCUCACAUUGACACUUGGUCCUCUAUAAACUGUGACUCUUUCAGUGACUGGGAACGCAGAGACGUUGAGACCAGAGACUCCAUUCUCUCGGCAAUCCUUAUCCUGGACCUGCUAAUCAAGUUGGAGAAUACUCUAGAGUUGGGACUUGUUGAAGACAUUCUAAAGCUAUACUGCUCUGCCAAGACUAGAGACCCACUGGCUACUUGCACGGUGCUUCUGACUGACAAUAAACAGGUCCUCCUCACCGUCCUGUCAAGGUCCCUGGGAAUGUCAAAGGGACUCCUCACUCAGGUCGAGAAGAUACCCAAUUGCUAUAAUGGAGGUUUUGGCAUGUGUAAAUCUGAACGUUGUUGUUUCAAGAAGACCUGUGAUCAUAAGAAUGGAAAUACCACUUGUACGGUUGAGAAUGCCAGUGAAGGUGCCGAGAAUAAAACCUGUGACUGUUGUUGUCCAGUGUCAAUCGCUGAGAUUAGGACCUUUGUGAGAGAAUCCGUUUCUUCCACUGAGGAUAGCAUCUGCACAAUGGUUACUAGGAUAAAUACAGAUACGAUACUAUCAUCCAUGGAAGCCUCUGAUCUAACACUCGACUCUGCAAAAGUCUGUGUAGCAGUACUAAAGGCCUACUAUCAAAGCUGUAUCUGGCUUCUCAUUUCAAUACUCUGCAUAGAGGAGGCCAUCCUACUCGCUAUUUGGUUCUGCAGACUUUGUGAACUAUACAAGAGUAUUUGUGGUAACAUUACUGGGAUAAAUUGCCAGUGUAUAAAUAAAUCUAAGGAAAGCACUGCUGUAACCAUUAAGACCUGUUCUGUAACUACUCUUGAGAACUUUGACGACUGUGACUGUCUCUGCAUAAUCUCUUACUACGGCAUCAUGGCUAGUGUGGAGGCUAUAAUGACUAAACUUCACUGUUUGAGGGCAGAACUUGUUACCAGAGCUAAUACUACAUGUACAUUUCAAAAGGUGGAAACUUCUGACUUGGCUUCUGAGGCAUACUUGCUGGAUUCCAUAAAGGCAGCUAUCAUACUAUUCUUUGGUCUUGACAGUGUUUACAAGUUCAUAGUAGAAACGUUUAAAGACGCAUGCUGGUGUUGUCAUAAGGACAAGGCUCCUCUGUAUCCAGCCGUACUAUCAUGUCUGCUGGUAUGCUAUAGACUUUGUUCCAGACUAUUCCGAGAUGCUUCUGAAGGCACUAAAAUCUUGGAGGAUGCACUUCUGUGGUAUAAGUGUAUCUUUGCGGCUAAGAAGAGCUCUAUAGUUGAUGUGCCUAAGGAAGAGAAUGAAGUCAAUAAGGCAGAGGGAUGUCUGAAAGAAACUAAGAACCUGAAGUUGACAAUCACUUCAUUUGAGACAUUUGUAACAAGUGCACAAACUUCCUUAUCCUAUUUCUAUAGCCUAAAUAGUACAGAUGGUGAAGGAUAUGCUGUUUACUAUGCCCUAGAUAUAGAUAAGACUAAUAAAGCAGUAAAUUACCUUUCUAGGUUUAAAAUGUCGAAUCAUAAAAAUUAUGGUCUCGCAUCGUCUGCUGGAUUUCACAAAGAUGUAAAAGAAUCUGGUUUCAUGUCUAGAAGUAGCUUCUGCAUGAAUAGACAUAAGGCUAAUUUAGAAGAUCAGAAAAAAGAAUCAUCCUGUAAAUGUUGUAGUAGUAAGGAUGAUGGAAUUUGUGAUCACUGUGAAAAGGAUGAAUCGUGUAAUGAAUGUAAGGACUGUGGAUGUAAAUGCGAAUGCCCUGAGAAUAAUGGAUGUCAAUGUAGUAAAAAGGAAGAACCUUGCAAGGAUAAAAAUAUAUUCACCCGUUUAUCACAAAUUAUAGAAUGUAAAUGUAAGUGUGGAGAGGAGGGAAAGAAAGAAUGUAGUUGCUUUGGGAAACUAUGUAGUAGUCUGUCCGAGUUAAGUACUAAAAUAGAGAGUGUAAAUAAAGAACCCGAGAAAGAAAAGUGUAGCCAUGAUACAGAGAAGUGUAAAGGAAUAUGUUGUCAAACGAGAAGAUUCUCAGACUUAUUAACAUGCUAUAUUAAAGAACUUAGUGAAAAUCCGACUUGUAGUUGUGAGAGCAAUACUUCUCCAUGCUGGUGUUGCCUUGACAAAUCAAUGUGCUUGUCAGAUGAUUCACUUUGCGGAAUCUCCUUUGUCUUAAAGGGAUGGUUUGCAAGCUACAAUUGUCACUGUACGUAUACCACAGGUUUUGGCCCUGUUCAGAGUAGGAUCGAAUUUUUUGGUUUAAAUCUAACUAGUGUUUUAGGUUGGCUUUUUGGAGGUGGUAUUAAUAUUGGAGGAUCAAUAUCGCUUGGAGGAGGAGACGCAGGUCUAUGUAAGUGUCUAGUUAGUCUCUUCAGGAAGAUAUACAAACAAUUAAAAUGCACGGAUACAAAAUGUAUAUGCUGUCCAUGUUGCGAUAAAAAUAAGAAGAUAUGUAGCUGCAAAUGUCAAGAGAAGAAGGACGAAAAGGAAUGUAAAUGCAAAUGUGAGUGUAAAUGUUCUGGUACUGGAGAGUGUUGUACCUUAGAUAGCGCGGAUUGUAAAUGCAACUGUAGCUGUAGAAUAUGUUGGAGAGACCUUUUUAGAUGCUACGUAAUUUGUGGACUUAAAUGUGGAGAAAAUUGCAAACCUCCUGAGGGAGAUUGUUGCAAAUGUUGCUGUACGAAGAUUGAUCAAACUAAGUGUGAAUGUGAAAAUAGCCACAAAGAUGAGGGAAACUGCGUUCAUAAAUGUGAAAAGUGCCUACUUUGUUCUUACACCACGAACAUGUUCUUUUGUGGUGAGUGCUGUAAAAAUUCAGAAUCUGAAACUAAAUGUCAACCAUCUGCUAUCUCCUGCAAGUGUGACUGUAAGGAUGAUAACUGUUAUUGCAAGGUUACCGAAGAAAAGAAAAAGGAAGAAUUAGCAUGCCUAAAACUAAACUGUUGCUGUGGAGACAGACUGGGCUGCUCCAUUGAUAAGAUUACCUGUCUCCUUAAAUGCAUGGAAAAGGAACUCCCAACUUUGUAUUGUCUUGCUAGUAAACUUGACUGUCAACUAUUCCAGUUUUGUGAGCAGCUUUGUGGUGUUCUCAACACUCUUGAGGAUGUGAAGGAGGUACUAACAAAGGCCAUAGAUAUAGUAGAAUGUAGGAUCACAAAGGUCAAGUGCAUGAUAAGUUGUUACAGAGCCAAGUUUAAGUCACUGACAGAAGAGAUAGAAUCUAUAGACAAAAGGGAUGAAAUGUAUCCCAAGGUUGUGGACCUUGUCAAGAAGACUGGAAAGUUUGCUGUGCUAGUAACAUCCUACUCUCCAGAGAUUGAGGCUACUUAUAUGAAGACUGAUUUCCAUGACCAACUACUCAAGUCUACCACCCAGAAUCUGGCAGAAGUAGCUAUGCGUGUAAAGGCCACCAGUCAAUUAGCUGCCUCAACAGGUCGUAGCAGAGUGGCUUUACUGGCUGACUCCAAGACUGUCCAAGUGGAUGUUCCCAACAAGAGUGAGAAGGAUAACUCUUCCAUUCUAAAGGAGUAUAUCUUUAUAGUCUGCAGGAUAAUCUUUCUUCUACUGAGGUUCCAGAUUGUUGACCCUAAUCGCCUCUGGCUUGUGAAGGUACUCACUGUUGCAUUCAGCAUUCUCUCCGCCGUUUACCUCAAUCUCCUCAUCACAGAGCUUUCUAGUGACCUUGGAAAACAUACUGGGUACUUGAUCAACCUCAUGCUUCUCUGUGGAGUUGGGACAAACUUUAUCUACUCCUGGCUCUUCCACCUGUUUGACUACGUCAGCAUAGUCUACCCCUUUGGCAACAUUGUCUCUAAGCUGGAGACCUCAAACCCCUCUGUGGACUAUGGCAAGUCUCGGUACAGCAUGUUUAUUAGUCUGAUAUCCUCUCUCAAGACUGAAUUCAACAGUAUCUUUGGCAUAUUCUCAGACCUGGACACCACUAGUUCUUACUCUGGUAUUAGACAGAACGUCUACCCGUUCAGCACAAUGCCAAAGAGUCUCAUCAGCUCAUUCAGAGGCACUCUGGACUUUACUCCUAUACUCAAUGGUCCAAACAGAAGUGUCUCUGCCAUCAUGGAUCACAUCUCAUUCACUCUACUUGGGUGCCAUUCAGAUGACCUCCUGACAAAGUCUAGUGACUACUUUGGUGAUUUGAACAGGGAGAUGCUUUGGCACUCUUGGUACGCCAACACUGUGAUCACUGACACCACUCUCUUUUACUACUACCUCAGACGCUCCAUCCUGUUUGAGAUGAGUGAGAUUGUCCGUCUGAGACCAGUUGACAAGCCAUUCUCGAGGGGAUUCACCAACUCUAGACAACUGUGGAAACACUUUGGCAAGAUUCAGGUAGACCUCUCCUUCAACGCUUCUCUCAAUAGUCCCGAAAUUGAGAUACCCAGAAGCAGACACCAGUUGAACCUUUUGAGGGAGAGACUGUACCAGGAGUAUAGACAAAAGUGGCUGGUAUACCAACUCAGGGCUACAAAGUCUCUUGUGAAUGUACCUCUGGAUGAGCAUAGCAGUAGUGAAGACCUGCCAUUUUUGUACAUUAAGGAACUGGACACUGUACAACUGACUGCAAACUCCCUUGAGAAACUGGAUAAAAAGUACUCUGACGUCUACAGAGGUACCAAGAUAAACACUUGCAAGGCUCUCAAGAAGGAGAUCAAGACUUGGAGGAGCUCCAAACUCGGCUUUUGUGAAACUCUGUCUGAUGAGGAUGAGUGCAAGAGGGCUGUGAAUACUGCAGUAAAGUCCCUUGAGGGAUUCUUUGACACUUGUGAAGACCAUAAACCUGUAAAGGACAUGAUAGAGUACAUUACUUCCACAGACUAUUACUCCACUUACACUCAUGGAGACUCUGAUCUGGACACUGACCACAAAAUGGCACUCUUCGACUUGACAUUCCACCAAGACGGACUGGAGAAUAAUUAUCGCAUAUUUAAAGGGUUCAAGAACUCAAUUUCUCACACUCUUGACCACCAACUGGAGAUCGCCAAGAGGAACAAGACAACCUCCCUCAUUCCACUUGGCAUAUACACACUUCACUAUGGACUCCAGAUAUCGCAAAAUACUAUAAAGCAGAUUCAACAUUAA